GACGAGACGAAAUACAAGUUACUCAUCUAUUGGUAUCCUAUAGCAACCUACCGUGUUCUGAUCUGGACGGAUAUAUAAAGUUAUUCACUUAUUCAUUAUGGGAGCAUCUUCCUCCAGUCUCCUGGAUGAGACUAAGUCCAACUACAUCCGAGGUUGUGCGGAGUCUGAGCUGAACAACUUCGGUCCACAUUACAAACGUCAGUACUCCCUAGCAUUCUGCUCUCAGCUCCAGAACGAAGUGGAGCAACACAAAGAGGGACACACUCAGCUCCUCAAACAGAGGGACCCCGCCAGGCCAGAGGAGGUGCUGUAUCAGGACUGUGUUCCAUACUAUGAUGAAAACAAGAAGUGGAAGGAGAGGUUUGUGGUGGUCAGAGCCAAUCACAGCUUGGAAUGCCAUGACAGCCAGGAGAGCUUCACUAAAGGAGUUCCGGCUCGGCUGAAGAUCCAAUUGACAGGUGGCAUAGUGGUGACAUCAGAGGAGAAGUACACAGCUCUGGUGGACAAAGCAUUCCCAGAUCCUAACGGUGUGAAGGAGGAGGUAUCAACCCCCCUGGUAGUGGUGCCUACUGGUCAGUUCCCUGUCUACCUCCAGCUGCCCUACAGACGUGACGCCUACUUCAGUUUUCUCCAGGAGGACCGCCGAGCUGCCUUCAUUUCGGCCCUCAAAGGUUGCAUCAGGCACCAGAACCAUGACUGUCUGAGGAGGCCAUUUUGUGAGUCUCAGGCUUUUCUGAAGGCAAUCCAUUUCUACCGGCAGGAGAAAGGACACUAUGAGUCCUGGAGUAUGCUAAUUGGCUGUGAGGAGCAGGUGUUAGCCAACCUGGUGAUGGAGGAGCUGUUACCCUCUUUACAGGCAGAGCUGAUACCCAGACUGAAGGGGAAGAAGCCAGAGAAGAAGAGAGUCUGGUUCACUACCCUGGAGGCAGCUUAUAACCUGGUUCAGGAUCAGCUGAAGGAAGGUCUAGCGAUCCUGAAGGAGCAAUGCAAAGAGACAGCCAGGUCUCAGGAAGCUUUGAUCCGCUCUGACAUGGACCAGAUUGCCAGCUGUAAAGCCUUCUUACAGACCAAGCUACAAGGCUCAGUCAGUGAUCAAGCAGUAAAGUUCUGCAGUGAGAGUGUUUGUCCCUACCUGGCGUCCAUCUUGGAAGAGCUGAUGUCUCCAGUGACAGGAGGCUUCCAGGGUGUCCGGACACUUCUAGAAGGGGAAAUAAAUGCUCUUUGUCAGAGCUUCCCAGAGGGGGGUGGUCAGGAAGGACUCAACCAGGCCCUGGGCCUCAUGCGUCAGGCCAGUCUUGAAGUGAGUUACCAGGAGGUGGAGGCCCUGAUAGAACGGCUUCAGGAGCUUAGACAACGCUUCAAGUUCUCCAACUUUGUCCGCCUGGUUCAAAGCAUUCAGAUAGACAUGCAACGGUUGAUGGACAAUGCUGUGUACACCUUUGAGGUGCUCCUCCAGUCCUCUCUGAAAGACAACCCGGCCAAGCUGACUUCUGCCAUGGAAAAAGCCAAGCUCAGGGUCCUCAAACAAUUUGACUAUGACAGCAGCACGGUGAGGAAGAGGAUCUUCCAGGAGGCCUUGGUUGACAUCACACUACCAGCCAUCAAAAGGAACCUGGCUCCCACAUGUAAACCAGACCUUCAGAAAUUAGACCAGUAUAUUUUUGCUGACUACACCAACUUCAUCCAAGUGGAGAAUGUUUAUGAAGACAUUCUACUGAACAUUCUGACCAAUGAGGUCAACAAAGUGGUGCAGGAAGCAGCCAGUCUGAGGAAGAACAAUCUGAUGGUUGACAGCACUGACCUGCAGAGUAUCAGUCAAAGCAGCCUGAUUGACAGCCGGACUCUACCUCUCUCCACCCCCUCCAGCCCAGCCAUCUCGGCCGAUGGUGGGCUGAGCCGGUUGGCAGAGCAGGCGCCUUCUCCGCUGUUGGAGAACGGGAGGGUCCAGGAGGACCCAAGGCUUUCUCCUCCUAACCCUGGAAGGGUGGAGUGGGGAACAUUGACCCCAGAUAUGUCAGCCCAUGCUGUCCCAGUUGUCAUAACAAAACAGAGUGAAACUUCCGUCCCAGCUCCUGGCCCAGGUUUAGACCCAGUCCAGACCCCAGUCCCAGUUUCUGACCCAUGUUUAGACCCAAUCAAGACCCCAGUCCCAGCUUCUGACCCAGGUUUAGACCCAGUCCAGACCCCAGUCCCAGCUCCUGACCCAGGUUUAGACCCAGUCCAGACCCCAGUCCCAGCUCCUGACCCAGGUUUAGACCCAGUCCAGACCCCAGUCCCAGUCUCAGCUCCAAUAGUUAUUUGUACAACAGAUGUCCCUGUGCCAUCCUCUGAAGCAGAUGUCCCUGUGCCAUCCUCUGAAGCAGAUGUCCCUGUGCCAUCCUCUGAAGCAGAUGUCCCUGUGCCAUCCUCUGAAGCAGAUGUCCCUGUGCCAUCCUCUGAAGUAGAUGUCCCUGUGCCAUCCUCUGAAGCAGAUGUCCCUGUGCCAUCCUCUGAAGCAGAUGUCCCUGUGCCAUCCUCUGAAGCAAUUGUCCCUGUGCCAUCCUCUGAAGCAGAUGUCCCUGUGCCAGGUGGAACUGAAGGGAAACCAGACACGGUCACAGACUCUAGUGGUGUAGAUGCCCCUGUAAACACGCUGCCCUCUAGUGGUGUAGAUGCCCCUGUAAACACGCUGCCCUCUAGUGGUGUAGAUGCCCCUGUAAACACGCUGCCCUCUAGUGGUGUAGUGGACCGAGCGGUCUACCUGAUACUGCCGACAGGGCUAAAAGAGGGGGAACCUGUACAUCUCACUGAGGAUGAGGAAAAUGAUGAGGAGGAAGAAUGUCUUGGUACAGUGACAGGGGACACAGAAGAACAUCAUAUAUCUAAAGCCAUAGAAACUGUAGACAGUGGUUCAUUCCACUCUGACACCCCCCCAGAGAUGGAAUCUAGUGGUUUGGCCCAAACGUCCUCAUUUACUGAAGCCAGAGACACUGAGGCAGCCUCCCAGACUGGGACUGCCCGCUCCACUGGAUCAGACACACAUCCUGGAGGCAGUGAGGACAGAGAGGCAGUUCCAUCUGUUUCUGGAGUUACUGGUACCGAGAGCCAGGAUGUCCUGCCUGUAUGUAUUACCUCGGCCUCACCACCAGAGGGCGAGGAAGAGGAGGAGGAGGAGGAAGAAGCAGUUCCUCUAGACAGUGUGAAGGCUAUCAGGGAUCUGGUGGUGGAGGUGAUUGAGGUGGAGGAGCUGGUUCAGAGGUGUCCAUCUGCCCACAGCAACUCAUCACUGGGAUCAGGAAGUUAACUUCAGCCAUCUCAGAAUACUACGGUAGUCCCAGGUGCUGGGUACGAGAGUAAGAUGGUGGCUUUAAUUCAAUAUCCCUCCUCUCCAUCUUCCCCUCUUCUCUCCUCCUCUGAGGAACACAUCGACUGGACGGGAAAUUAGGAAAAGGAUCAAAUAACCUGACCUUUAACCUCUGAAGGGUAGCGUAAAUAAAACAGACGGUUAUUGUUGAAACAUAUAUUAAUAUAACUCAACUUUUACUUAAAUAAUGUUUAUGUUGAGCGACUUUACAACUAUAUAUAAUUUUUUCAGCCUUUAAAUAAAGUUUUUUAAAUAAAGUUUUUUUAAAAUAAUUUUACUGUGAUUGCAUAGCUACUGCAUUGUAACCAAAGAGCAGCAUUGCAAGCUUUUCCAUUUUUAUAAUAAAAUAUAAAGACAGAA